AAGUUACUACAAAUCUGAAGAUGAAACUGAGUAUGGCUGCAGGGGCUCGAUUUGUCUAAGCAAGGCUGUUAUUACGAGCAGGAGCAGCAGCACGUUCUGGGUCCAUACUUGGAGCAACUGUUUGAUGCCUCCUUGAGAAACAACCCACCUCAGAGUCUGCAGCAGACACAGAUGGACAGAAGCUGCCCAAGCCUGGCCCCUUGACCUCCACUGGCUUCAGUACCUCCACCUUUUGUACACAUUGCAUCAGAAAUCUGGGCCAGUGUACCUUCACAAACCAUUCGAAGAGGAAGCCUUUCCCUGAUGAAUUUAGGGUUAAGGUUUUGGACAAGACCAACAAGCAGGUCCUGUACCAAAAACAGAGGGACUUGCGGCUAGAGGAAAGGCUCAGGCUGGCUGCACAGAUUGAGGCCAGGGUUUCAGUGUGGAAGCACGCAUUUGAACAGGAUAAGUGAACAGGAGAGAGCUCAGCAGAAAACUUUCAGUGGCUCAUAUUGCUAAUGACUGCAAGAGUAGUCUGCAAGGCUCCUGCUGCAUCACCCACACCACAGCCUGAGUCCCUUGCCUGCUACCCGGUGCUGCAGUCCAAAAGCAGCUUAGAAGACUCCAGGGCUGGGUGGCACAUCCAUGAGUGGCUGGGCAGGGCAGCCUUGCCCCAUGAAGCCCUCCAUGUUCAGUCCCUCCCCUGUGGAUGCCUUCAACCCCUUCUCACACUGCCAACUCCACGGCAAAUGGGGAGAGAAGAGAAAGGAGAACAGGUGGCCAGAGGACAUGCCACACCUCAUGAUUUUGAUGAAUGCAGAUUUGACAUUAGCGUAAACGAUAGUGUUUGGUACCUACGAGCUCAGGAUCCUGAUCAUAGACAACAAUGGAUAGAUGCGAUAGAACAACACAAGACUGAAUCUGGCUAUGGAUCGGAGUCAAGUUUACGGCGCCAUGGCUCCAUGGUGUCUCUGGUGUCUGGAGCAAGUGGAUAUUCUGCUACAUCCACCUCAUCAUUCAAGAAAGGUCAUAGCUUGCGUGAGAAGCUUGCUGAAAUGGAAACCUUCAGAGAUAUCCUCUGUAGACAGGUUGAUACUUUACAGAAAUAUUUUGAUGCCUGUGCAGAUGCAGUCUCCAAGGAUGAACUUCAGAGGGAUAAAGUGGUUGAAGAUGAUGAAGAUGAUUUUCCUACAAUGCGUUCUGAUGCAGAUUUCUUGCAUAAUAGUAAUGGCAGUAAGGAAAAAUUAUUUCCACAUGUAACACCCAAAGGAAUUAAUGGAAUAGACUUUAAAGGGGAAGCUAUAACUUUCAAGGCAACUACUGCUGGAAUCCUAGCUACACUUUCUCAUUGUAUUGAACUCAUGGUAAAACGUGAGGAGAGCUGGCAAAAAAGACUGGAUAAGGAAAUUGAGAAAAGGCGAAGAAUAGAAGAAGCGUACAAAAAUGCCAUGACGGAACUUAAGAAAAAGUGCCAUUUUGGAGGGCCAGACUAUGAGGAGGGUCCUAAUAGUCUGAUUAAUGAAGAAGAAUUCUUUGAUGCUGUUGAAGCUGCUCUUGACAGACAGGAUAAAAUAGAAGAACAGUCUCAGAGUGAAAAGGUCAGAUCACACUGGCCAACAUCAUUACCCUCUGGUGAUGGAUACUCUGCUGUGGGGACUCACAGAUUUGUCCAAAAGCCCUAUAGUCGCUCUUCCUCCAUGUCUUCCAUUGAUCUAGUCAGUGCCUCUGAUGAUGUUCACAGAUUCAGCACCCAGGUGGAAGAGAUGGUGCAGAAUCACAUGACUUACUCUUUACAGGAUGUAGGAGGAGAUGCCAAUUGGCAGUUGGUGGUAGAAGAAGGUGAAAUGAAGGUGUACAGAAGAGAGGUGGAAGAAAAUGGGAUAGUCCUAGAUCCUUUGAAAGCCACACAUGCAGUCAAAGGGGUUACGGGACACGAGGUCUGCCAGUACUUCUGGAAUGUUGAUGUUCGUAAUGACUGGGAAACAACCAUUGAAAAUUUCCAUGUUGUGGAAACUUUAGCAGAUAAUGCAAUCAUCAUUUACCAGACACACAAGAGAGUGUGGCCAGCUUCUCAGCGGGAUGUGCUGUAUCUGUCUGCUAUUAGAAAGAUACCAGCGUUCAGUGAAAAUGAUCCUGAAACUUGGAUUGUCUGUAACUUCUCUGUGGAACAUGAUAGCGCCCCUCUGAACAAUCGAUGUGUUCGUGCCAAAAUAAACAUUGCUAUGAUCUGUCAGACGUUGGUGAGCCCACCAGAAGGGAACAAGGAAAUAAGCAGAGACAAUAUCCUAUGCAAGAUUACAUAUGUAGCUAAUGUGAAUCCUGGGGGAUGGGCACCAGCCUCAGUGUUACGAGCAGUGGCAAAACGAGAGUAUCCCAAAUUCCUGAAGCGUUUUACAUCAUACGUGCAAGACAAAACAGCAGGAAAGCCUAUUUUCUUCUAGUAUUAACAGUGAUUGGAACAAGACUGUGUGAACAUUCCAUGUUGGAGGAAAAAAAACAAAUUGAAGGCUCCAAGCUGGAACGUAGGAUCUACAGUCUUUUUGUGGCCCAAGUCCUAGGCUUUGUGUUCUGAAGUGAAGAAAUACUGCAACGCCGUGAGGCUGAACAUCUAACACUAGCUGUCUCCUGCUAGCUCUCCUUGUUGAAUCAGUGUGUAAUUAGAAAUACAUGUAUUGAUACAUGUAUAUGGAUAUAUUUUUAUUUGCUUGCUUUAGAGAAGAAAAAAAUACAACUUUGAAUCACCAACUUGGGUUACUGCUUCAAUUUUAAACAAUUUGCAAAGCUUUUGUUUACUGUGGCCCUUCAUAAGACACUCACACAGUUUUCUGUUUUUGUGCAUGUCUAAAAAGCACAAAAGACAAAUGCACAUAUAGCGUACUGUAUGUGCUUUAUGUGCACAAAAACCUGUGUGUGGUAUUUUUUUCAGGUUUGCAGUAAAGUCUAGGUGACCUUUGGGCAGGGGUUUUGUUUUGCUUUGUAUAAUCAUAGUUCAUUGCUGCUGGUUUCUAUAAUGAAUCAUCUUGUUAUGUAAAAUGUCUCUUAAUUGGGGGCUGUCAAUAUCCAUAUGACUUUGCCUUUUCUGUUAUCUUACUCCUAUGAAGACCUUUGGCUCCGAUGGAGGAAGAGUGUGAAAAGCUUUAUUUUUUUUCCAAGAUAUCUUUAUAUUUCUAUUGUAUUUUUUAGUUAUGUAAUUUGUGCUACAGAAUUUAUUGAACAUGAUUCAGAAAUUUCUAGGUAGAUUCUAUAUGAGAGGACGAGAUUGUGCCUGAAAACUACAACAGUACUCUGUCCAUGCUACGUUACAUGUGGACUGUGGGUUGCAUGAAACUACAAGAAGGUACCCUGUAAUAUUUAUUAAAGCAAAUUGGACUACAUAGGACAACAUUCCCAGUCUGCAAAUAAGAGCGAGUAUAUUAUUUCCUGGUCCUGCACAUUUUUUUUCUCAUCUUAAUUAAAGCCAUGCUAUGAGAUAUGUGUAGAAAAUGUGAGUUGUUAAUAUUUACUACUUGAUCAGAAACUUAACAGAGCUAUAAGAAUCCACAGAUUCUAAAUGAAAAGUUCCCCUUAGUUGCUGUGAGAACUUGAAUGCAAAUAUCUGCCUGCCUUUGAUCUCUGGAAGUAGCCGUGAGGAGUGGACUGUGGGGGCAGAGACUAGUACUCACUUGAGCGGAUAUCUCGCUUGGUGGCCUUUAGGUAGAGAUUAUUUAAAGGCAUUUCUUGGGCACUUCACUAACUUGUAUAUGUAGAACAACAUAAGAUUCAGAUAUAUUUUUUUCAAAAGAAAGCUGAAAGUCUUAUUUAAUAUAGUAUUGCAGGUGCCUGGAUAUAACUACAAAAGAGUAGUAAUGAAGAGUUGGCUGAUAAAUGUCUGAUAUCUGCACAAUGUUGUAAGUGAAUUACUCCUUGUGUCUUAGUCUUCUAUAUAAAGAGGUACAAACACAUAUAUAACACAUGGUUACACACAUACAUGCAGAUUUCAUGAUCUAUAAAACUUGUCUCAUUUAUUUGCCUUUCUCUAAAUGGUGUGCAUGGAAUAUGCCUUAUUACAGAAUAAUUCUGUUCUUGAUUUGAAUAUGUAGAAAAGUGCCUAUAUGGUAAUGCUAGUAAGGCAAACAAGAUUAAAUUGUACAUGUUUACUGUAUCACCAGUAAGCAUUUUAUAUAGUGAUGUUGAAAAGAAUUUCUUAUACCUCAAAUGUUUCAUCUUUUUGAAAUCAGCUGAAAAAUGGUUCAUUGACCAUAGCCACUAAUGGGAACUUUACAAAAAGUCUUAUGCCCAAAAUACAACUGUUUAACUCUUUAUUUGCCAUUUCUGGUAACUAUCAUUGAACACAGGCAAGUAACUGUUUCUUAAUUUAAAUGGAGAGCUUUAUUUUACAAAGGUAUGGAAAGUUUACAAAGCAGUAUAUAAAUCUUAAUAUCAUUAGUUGCAUUUGCACUAAAUGUGAUGUACUUUUGCAAUUUAUUCUGUAAAUAAAAUUACACUAAAGAUA